UCCUGCGGGGCUCCCGCGCCCCCGCGCCGGCACCGCCGCGCCUCCGCCGCCCGCAGCAGAACCGAGAGGCAGAGUCUGGUAUGAUACCAUGGAAGGGCAGCACAACCAUCCUCAUCACCUAGGGGACCAGAACAACCCUCUGUGCAAGCUGCCAGGACAGGAAUUCCAGCAUGAUCCUCAGAGACAUUUAACGUCGUUCCCGUAUCGCUGCACCUUGGCAGAUUUUCAGAUUGAGAAAAAGAUCGGGCGAGGCCAGUUCAGCGAAGUUUACAAAGCAACUUGUCUCCUGGACAGGAAACCUGUGGCGCUGAAGAAGGUGCAGAUUUUUGAAAUGAUGGAUGCCAAGGCAAGGCAAGAUUGCAUUAAAGAAAUUGACCUCUUGAAGCAACUGAACCACCCCAACAUCAUCAAGUAUUUGGAUUCUUUCAUUGAAGACAACGAGCUCAACAUUGUCCUGGAGCUGGCUGAUGCUGGGGAUCUCUCUCAGAUGAUUAAGUAUUUUAAAAAGCAGAAACGGUUAAUCCCGGAAAGGACGGUGUGGAAAUAUUUUGUGCAGUUAUGCAGUGCAGUGGAACACAUGCACUCCCGCAGGGUGAUGCACAGAGACAUAAAACCAGCCAACGUGUUUAUAACAGCCACAGGGGUGGUGAAGCUGGGAGAUCUUGGAUUAGGCCGGUUUUUUAGUUCUAAAACCACUGCAGCACAUUCCUUAGUGGGAACUCCCUACUAUAUGUCCCCAGAGCGAAUACACGAGAACGGCUAUAACUUUAAAUCUGAUAUCUGGUCUUUGGGCUGUUUAUUGUAUGAGAUGGCAGCUCUUCAAAGUCCCUUCUAUGGAGAUAAAAUGAACCUGUUCUCUCUUUGCCAAAAAAUAGAGCAAUGUGACUACCCACCUCUUCCAGCUGAACAUUAUUCUGAAAAGCUGCGGGAGCUGGUCAGCAUGUGCAUAUACCCCGACCCAGAUCAAAGGCCUGACAUCGGUUACGUGCACCAAAUAGCCAAACAAAUGCACGUGUGGACCUCGAGCACAUGAGCGCCGGGCCCGGGAGCCGGCACAGCUCAGUCUUACUUGAAUUCUUUUCUCAGCUGAACGCCACUGGUGCCAGGUCACACAGGUGGGAGGUUGAGCACUCGCAGCAGAGGCUCCAUCACUUGCAGGUUAUUUGACAAGGACUCUUACAGGUGGUCGUGCUUUAACGUGAAGAUUCUGUGAGGUAUUGCAAAUGAUUCUUUUUAUUUUUUAUUUUUAAGGCCAAUAAUGUUACGGAUGUAGAUCAUUUAAGGGUCCUUUCUUAAAACUGUUGUGUGUAAUCUAGGAUAGCAGCUAGUACCGAGGGCUCAGCGUUUGCCAGACCUAUCUUAACUGUAAUGUGAAAUAUUGAAAUAAUUCCUUCAGUGAAAUCACUUUAUACUAAUGUAAGGAUUACCAUAGAUUUUGUGUAAUUUGUAUAACUGCUACUUUGCCUCUUCUGCAAAUGGUUAAUAGCAAAUUCAGUUUUUACCUGGUGUAUUUUAAAGCAGCCAUUUAUGUUUUUAUUAAUUUCUUCCUCUUCAGACUUAAGAACUGGGAAGGGUUGGGGGGGUGGGAAAACCUUUUGUUUCAUGAUUUAUUUUUUUUAAUUGAAAAUUUAGAGUAUUUUGCUGAUGCAUUUCUCUGUCAGAGAUGAGUUAAACAUGAGCCUGGGGAAAAGAAGACAAAACAUGCCAAGCAAACCCCUACCAGCCUUGCUCCUGCAGAGACUUGCUCCUUUCCCUCAUUUUUCCCUUUUGGAAUGGUUCUUCUUCACCUCUAGGUUCUUGUUUAAAACCAGUGUUUCUCAAAGCCAACUCAGUUUUGGUGCAGAGACUUUUACAUGUUCAGUAGUACAUCGGGUACUAUCGGUGGAACUUCAGCAGUGUUUUAAACACUUGGAAAAUUUUUAAAAAAUAAAUGAAAUGCUUUGUGUAUGGAAUUCUGCAUAGGAUCAGCCCCUUCUCUCAAACUGUGAAAGCUCAUUACAGAAUGUGAAUGUUUAUAAAAUCUCAACCUGAUCUGAAGGAGUCGUCUUUUAACUGCAUAAAAAUUGUCAACCAGCUAAAUUCAUUCAUUGAAUCAAUGACUUGUUUCAUGAUGUCAAUGGAAAUACUCACUGCUUUAGGAACAGCCGUGGAUUCACGUUCCAGUGUCUCCAUUCCAUGUGCCUGUCAGAGGAGCAGGGCUGCACUCGGUGCUCCAGAGGAAAUCCUUCAGCCUGUGCUGCUCCAGUGCCGCUUCCACGUGGGACAGGGGCUUGUGCCAAUGUAUAGAUUUGUGUGUGACACUUCAAAUGCAGCCUGUGCCUGUUCUUUUGUUUUUGUUUUGUUUUUUUCUUAAAGAAAGCUUACCUUACCUUUUUUGAACUAAGAUUAGAGUUAGGGGGUUACAUACAUAUAUAUGCUUUUAGUGGAUUUUUUUAACCUACUUUUCUCUACUUUAAGGAAAACUGCAGUGCCAUCUUCAACUACUUUCUGUAAAAUUUGGGAAUAUUUGUAUAGGGUACCAAGAAAAGCCAUUAAUUGCUGUGAAUAUGGUUGGUGUCAUUAAUGCAAGGUGCCGUUUUACUGAGGCUUCUCAGCAGAAAGUUGAGGCUGUUACUCUCAGGAGAGAUGUGGGAAAUUCAAAUCAGCAGGAGAAUGUCAUGGAGGCACCAAAUUGCCGCCACCAUUUCCAUGCCAACAGUUGCCAGGGUUCAGCCUGAACCUCUCUGGUUCCACUGCAGCUUUCCUUGGAGCCAUGGCUUCCAGGGAAGCUCAGCUCAAAUAUGAGUAUCUGGAGAAGUCUGGUCACUUUCUUGCUACAUAAAAUUUCAUAGUGCUUAUAAAGAAAUGUAUUUCAAAAGGUAAUUUUUUGCAAUUGUGCAUUUUUAGAUAAAUAAAAAAAUUAUUUCCAAAAUAAACACCUUUGUUUAAAAAAAAAAAAAGUCCAGUAUUAAAGGUUUAAGUGGAGGUGAAUAACAAGAAACUCAGACUGGAACUGAUGCUGGAUCUGCCCUGUAUCUACAGCAAACAGGGACGCAGUGACCUCAACAUCCCCUGAUGCCCUGCAGUGGGGUAGCACGAGAGCAGCGUCUGUUGGAGGGGGCAAGGGCAGCAAUUCAGAACCACCAAUGCUCAGUGUUUUCUUACAUUCUACUAAACUAAAACUCAUCAAAUGCGACUUCUGCAGAGCAGUUUUACGCCCGCUGUUUUGCUCCUGGAGAGAGGUAACAAAGCAGCUCCUUUUCUGCCCCCUCCAGUGCACAGCUCUCACUGCUCAGAGCCCUUGGGGUCAGUGCCACAGCCCUGCAGGGCUGCACGAGCCUCACCUGCUCUAAAGGAGGAAGGGAGAAGCAGCAGCAACAGCGCCAGGUACAGACACACAGGGGAGAGUGGGCAGAGCCUCUUUAUUCUGCACCAGCUGCUGUCUGAGCACCCACAGGGCUCAGGACGUGUCCAUGGUCUGCACGGUCUCAUCCAACACCUCGAGCUCCAGGUGUGCCACAUUCUCUGUGAGGACAGCAGUUGUUCCUUUUUCACACUUGUACCUACCAAACCUAGUAAAGAAAUGGAGGAAAAUUAGCCUGGAGAUGGUACAGAGGAAAACUUGCAUUUAAAGUUUUAGAACUGAUGAGCUUUAGAAGUUUCCUGUAGAAGUCCAAAGUAAAUGCAAAAAAAAUAUACUGAUUGCAGUAACUGACAGUUCCAGAUAAACCACCAACUUCGGGAAACUGCUACAAAAACAGUCAUGUAACUGGAAAGAGUUUUAUCAAAAAAUCAGUGGGGUCUCUAAGUGGUGGAGGAUAUUUGUGCUAAAAACCAAAGAACAAACAAUUUACUUCUGUUUUGCAACUCUAAAAUAAUUCUACCAAUGUAUUAUUAGCCUCUGUUCAGCUGCUGCUACAGCCGCUCAUUUGGGCUGUUUACUUGAAAGCCCUACAGACCUGAGAUCACUGACAGAACUUGGUAUUACUGAAAGCAGGCCCUGCCAGGCAGAGCAGGGGCCCCAGGAGAGUCUCAGGGUCACUCACCUCUCCCCCUUCUUGUUGGCCACAUCGUAAGGACGGAGGAAAUCCAGCUUGUUCUUGCUGAUGACACAGAUGUCGAUGUUGCUGCCGGAGCCCAGGUCGUUGUAGAUGCCAGCUGCGAUGGCGUCUCGCACGAGCUGCUUGGCCUCCUCCUCCUGGGAAAGGUGAAAAGCUUUAAUGUCACUGCCCCAGUGCUGGCACUUCCCAGGACUGACGGCCCUGUGCCUGUGGAGGCUGAGCUUGGAACAAUAAAUGAUACACCAAACCCUUCCAUCACCAGGUACUGCUGUCAAAAUGCUGCAGUUGGUUACGUUUGUACCACUUAAGUAAAACAAAAGAGCAACUUUUCCUACAGUAAUGGAGGUAACUAUGACACAGAAGGACCCGGAGUGCAACAGUGCCCAUGUUACACAACAGUAUUCACGAGUAUCUUUUACACAGAAACAUUCCCAACUCACCAAAAUCUCCAUUAGACUCUGACACCAGAUGUGUCAGCCCACAUUCCCCCCUCGCCAGUAACACACACCGGUGCUGCUGUGCACUGUGAGUAUUGCUGGGACUGGCAGCUUCCCCAGCCAUUCCAGCAGCACGGGCUCCCUCUGCAGCUCCCACGCAGGGCUGGGGCUAUUCCAAACGAGCUGGAGGAAAAAAUACCCACGCUCAGCUCAGCACCAUCAGGAACCAUCUGCCGUGGCCUCAGCUCCUGCUGUAACCCAGGCUGGGGAGCACAAAGAAAUGUCACAAAACAGCUUUCUUGACGUAUCAUUUUAAACCGUGUCAAAGCCAGGGACAGGCCUGUGUGUGCCUGUCCCUGGGGCAAAGGACACAUUUUCACUAACAGAGCUCCUCAGUCCAGCCUGUGCCCUGCACCCUUCCCAUGGCACUGCAGGCCUUGGAGAGCCCAGACCAGUGAGGGGGCAUCCUGCAUCCCCAGCUCCACUGAGCCUGUGCCCCGUCAUCUGGGCAAAGGGUCAGAACACAAGGAAAACAGAUGGAGUCCAUAUAAAUAUAUAUAUGGACACAUGCAUACAUCAUAUACACACACAGAUCUUUUCAGUAGCCUGGAAAGUACAAACCAGAAAAUAAAAGACCCCUUACUUUCUCAAAGGUGUGUUACUUACUUGAAAACACUGACUAGAGCUGCCCGUUGCAAUGCAGGAAUAGUAAGACUGGAACACAUCCACGGACACAGAGGUGUGGACUCUUUGUCCCCAGGUUGUGUGCAGCAGUGGCUGCUCAGCUCACCCAGCAGAUCCUGUUGGAAUGCUGCGCCUCCCAGGCCCACUCCUCACUGCUUGGCUGCUAUUUCACACCUUGGAAUAAUCUUCUGCCACCAGACACCAGAACAAGAGACGAGCUCAACACUCAAUCUGAUAAAUGCAGCUUUUUCCAGUGUGCCUCAUUUUCACAGCCUGUCCGUGCCAGGAUCUGCCACGUGACAGCGGCAGUGCCAGGAGCGGCAGCUCCUGACUGCAGCUGCUGCAGCCCCGGGUGCAGCUCAGGGGGAGCCCAAAAUUAGCUCAGCUCCCACCUGCCUGCCCUGGGCCUGCCCGGCACUCCCUGGUGCCCCUCUGAACAGUGGCAAUGACAGCAUUCCUCUGCCAGCAGCCACUGGAGCAGGGCACAGCCUCCACUGGACUACACAAACUGCAGAAAUUCACUCACACUUUUACAACUAUUACUCUUUUUUUUUUAAAAAAAAAAAAAAAAAAGGCAAAUUACACUUCCUACCCAGCUGACUAGAACAAUACAGCCAUGCUGCAAAAAUAAUUCCUGUACCUUUCCUUCAGUGUUUUGGGUAAUAAAAUCCCGGUAAGCAAGUAAUUCCUCACUUACCUGACAGAAGCCUGUCAAUGAUUUGUUGGAGACUAAUGUUAUUUUAGUAGCAUAGUGAAAGUAAGUAAACCAAAGAAGUAUGUCUAGAUCUGCUUUAAGAACUAAGUGGUAGCAAAAGCAGAGUAAUUUCAAGCUAUAUGAGUGUUAGAUGUAAGAAAAAUAGCUUAGGAAAACUACAGCAGGUUUGUAGAGUUUGUUCCACUCUUCCUUUUAAUUUCAUCCUUUUAAGUCAAUACUGUAACCUCACAGACUUCUCUAAAUCUUAUUUGCUUUUAAAGAUGUACUCUAUCAGCCUACGGUUAUCAAAAAGUUAAAAAAAUACCUAAUAAAGUGCAGUCGGAAGAGCUGAGCUCUAACUGCACAGAGAGCCCAGGCUGUAACCUCAGCUCCCCCACUGACAGUGCAGCUCAGUCUGUGAAUAUGGAAUAACUGUCAUUAGAAAACCCUGCCUCAGUGCUGCUUCCUGCUCCUCUUUUUACAAUUUAGAAAGCUGAACGGAAUAGCCACAAGAAAACCCCGAAGUAUUCCUUACAGAGAUCCUGCACGGAGUUCGGCAAGGACUGCUAUUUACGGUCACAAAACAGGGGGUUAGCAGGAAAGUGCUGACACAGUCUCAAGUACAGGGCCGUCAAUGAGUCACUGUAAUUAUUAAUCUUAAAAACCCCUAGAAGUUCAGAGUAUAUAAAAGGAGCACUUCCUACUUUAUGGUUGCAAAGACCAAGCUAACUGGGAAUAUCCUCCUCUGGGGCCCCCACUGCUCCUUAAAUGAGAUUACAGCCGAGUGAUGAACUGUACGGCGAGGCAGCGGUGACAAGCAGCACUUUAUGGAGCGAUCUGUCUGUCCCCAUCACACAGCCCACAAUGUGUCCCCGGACUCCAAUGUGCAGCUCCAUUUACCUCCGCGUGACAAAUGGGCAGCGCUUGGCAGAGGCGCAGCGAGGGCCAGGCGCUGUAAUGGUCAGCGCGGCUGUGCCGUGGGACGCAGCCCGCUUCAUUACGGUGACCGGCAGCGCGCCUUCCAAAGGGUGCC